AUGGCUUCAUUCAUCAGAAAUUCCCAUCUUUCAUGGAGCGUUCUUGUGGUUCUAUACAUGACACUUCUUGUCUCUGUAUGUGAAGCUAGGGUUCACAGGGGUAAAGGAAGCGGCUUUGUUCGAACCAAAGGACCUAACUUUGUUCUCAAUGGGUCCCCUUUUCUAUUUAAUGGUUUUAAUGCGUAUUGGAUGAUGAAUGUUGCCACUGAUCCAAGCGAGAGGAUGAAAGUAACUCAAGUCCUACAAGAUGCUGCAAAUGCAGGUCUUUCUGUAUGCCGAACAUGGGCUUUUGAUGAUGGUGGCGACAAAGCUCUUCAGAUUUCACCAGGAGCAUACGACGAACGUGUUUUUCAGGGACUAGAUUUCGUCGUGGCAGAAGCAAGAAAAUAUGGUCUUCGGUUAAUAUUAAGUUUUGUUAACAAUUACAAAGACUUUGGAGGGAGACAACAAUACGUUAACUGGGCAAGAAGUUCUGGCGUUGAGAUCAACAGUGACGACGAUUUCUAUACCAACCCAAUAGUAAAAGGGUAUUAUAAGAACCACGUCCAAAGAGUUAUAACAAGGGUGAAUACUAUCACCAGGAUCGCAUAUCGUGACGACACCACAAUCAUGGCAUGGGAACUCAUAAACGAGCCCCGCUGCGAGGCUGAUUACUCUGGAAGAACAGUUAAUGUUUGGGUUGAAGAAAUGGCUUCCUUCGUCAAAUGA